UCAAAUGUUAAGCCCCGCCUCCUCCAACUGUUUUCCGGGAGCCAGAAGUAUUCGCGCCACACCUCAAAUAACAUGGGGGCUUCGUUGGCUGCUCCGCCUUUCAUUUGUCCUCUCUGUCGCGACGUGACGCGGAAUCCCGUCAUCCUCGAGUGUAAACACCGCUUCUGUCCACGGUGUAUCGGGGACUUGUGGAGUGUUUGCCCGUCUGGGCCGUUCAAUUGUCCCGGAUGGAGGUGCAAAACAAGCUACCAGACGCUGCCGUUUGACAGCGGUUUGUUAUGGCCGCCGAAAACCAGUCCGAGGGCUUCGACUUCCAGCAACCUCGACACAUCCGGUCAUGCUUUAAACACUGAUUCCCCGUUGAGGAGGCCUUCAAUCAGCCGACUCUUAGGCAAGAGAAAGGCGAGCGCACCAGUUCCAGAGCAACCUGACACCAAGCGGCCAGCUACCUGCGACAGAUCGGAUGACGUCCAGACUCCAACGCAUUCUGUGUCCGACACGGCAGGACAAAUCCGCAAUGGGAAGGCAACCAUUAACGGGGCAAACUCUGAAUCGAAAGAGUCUGCGUGUGAUAAUUCCGGUGACGAUGUUACACAACACACAAGUGAGGUGUCACAACAUGAAGCAGCAGAAAGGAUCAGUACUAAUGACACCGACUGCCGCACUGAAGCAGAUUUAUGUGACGCCCCUCUCCUUGCAACAGAAAAUCAUUCCUUGACAAAAAAACCUGCCUCCCCUGCCAACCUGCAUUCAUUUACUACAGCCUCAUCUUCACAGGAAUCCGUGUCUCCUGCUAGUAAGUCGAUACCUCUGAUGUCUACCAAGCAUGCUGCAGCAUCCCCGAUCAAAAUCAGCAUCUUCUCCAAGCCCGAGCACAGAAAUACAAGCCCUGUGCAGUGCCAUUAUUGCCCCAAAACUGUGCAUCAGUUAGCCGUGAAGACCUGUUUGGUAUGCGGGGCGUCCAUGUGUGCAAAGCACCUGCGUCCACACAUGGAGUCCCCCGUCUUCCAAAGCCACACCCUGGUUCCGCCCACCGUGGACAUUUCUUUCUGGAAGUGCGAGGAGCACCAGGAGCUCAACCGCGUCUACUGUCGGCUGUGUGCUGAGUGCGUGUGCAGUCUGUGCACCGCCGUCGGCCGCCACCGCAACCACGUCUGCAUCAGCACGAAGGAUGCAGAGAUGGAGAUCAGGGGUACUCUGACAGAAGAGAUCAAACGGGUGGUAGUGGCCAAACAACAAGUCAAAGGCCGAAUGACUGAAUUAACUCAGAUGAAAGAAACUGCCCAAGCUCUUUUGAGCGCUUCGCGAGCUGGUGUGAAGCAGCAGUACGCCACAAUUUUAGGUGCCCUGCAGCAAGAGGAGCAAGCAGCUCUUCAGGUUGUGGAGGAGGAGGAGAGCAGAGUGGUAGGAAAUUUGGGGGAUAAACUAGUCACCCUUCAGGACUCCCUGCGGCACAUCCAGCAAGGCCUGGAGAUUUUGGAGGCACUGGCUAAUUCUCAGGGGGAAAAACGCCUCAAGGACCAGGCCUUCCUUUUUGAGUAUAGCAAGGUUUUACAACUUGACACGGAAAGUCGUGUGGAUCAGCUGGAGGCUCCAGAGGAGGUGGAUGAAGCUCGACUGAAAUGUCUCCAGAGGUGGACGCUGAAGCGCUUGGACAAUGUGGUCAUCACUGAGCUAACCAAGGACAGAGAGCUAUACAAGCUGCUUUAUGGCAUCGUCCCCACUUUGGACGCAGACACAGCCCAUCCCAAGCUGCAUCUGUCCGAUUACAGGAGGGUGACCUACUCCGAGGUCCAGGAGGACUAUACGCAGAAAGAAUCUCGCUUCAGUUCCUUCCCACAGGUGCUCGCUUGCCACGCCCUGGAAGUAGGUCGCUGGUACUGGGAAGUAGCCGUCACUGCGGACGAAGGCAGCUGGAAGGUGGGACUCUGUGAGGGUUUAAUGGAGAGGAACAGUCAGACGGACAGCUCUCAUUUGGGUCACAACCGGUCGUCAUGGUGCCUGGCGUAUGAUAAGGGUAAGCUGGAAGUGCUGCACAACAAGGCGGCGACUCCUGUGAUCGCACACAAGAUGCAGCGGGUUGGAGUGUUCCUUGACUUUGAGGAGGACACUCUGACGUUCUUUAAUGCUACACCAGGGGGCAGUCUUGUUCUAAUGCAUUCCUACAAGCACAGCUUUACUGUGCCUCUGUACCCAGCAUUGUAUGUGUCCAAAACACAGCUGGCCAUCUGUAGUCUAUUUUAACUGUGAUCCAGCGUACACUGGCAUGGCAUUUUCCAUCAUCAUGACCUAAAUGACAACUAAACCAGCACUGUGUCUUCAUGAAGAAGACAAGACUGGCUUCAGUGAUUUAGUACCGUAUUUUUCGGAGUAUAAGUCGCACCGGCCGAAAAUGCAUAAUAAAGAAGGACAAAAACAUAUAUAAGUCGCACUGGAGUAUAAGUCACAUUUUUGGGGGAAAUGUAUUUGAUAAAAGCCAACACCAAGAAUAGACAUUUGAAAGGCAAUUUAAAAUAAAUAAAGAAUAGUGAACAACAGGCUGAAUAAGUGUACGUUAUAUGAGGUAUAAAUAACGUACUAAGAACGUGCCUGGUAUGUUAACGUAACAUAUUAUGGUAAGAGUCAUUCAAAUAACUAUAACAUAUAGAACAUGCUAUACGUUUACCAAACAAUCUGUCACUCCUAAUCGCUAAAUCCCAUGAAAUCUUAUACGUCUAGUCUCUUACGGGAAUGAGCUAAAUAAUAUUAUUUGAUAUUUCACGGUAAUGUGUUAAUAAUUUCACACAUAAGUCGCACACUAUGAAAAAAACUGCGACUUAUAGUCCUAAAAAUAUGGUAGGUGCCAAAAAAUUAAACUGAACGUUGCGCUCUAUGACUGGCUCAACCGUCCACCAGCGUCAUCAUUGAUUUAUCAACAGAGUACAAGCAAGGUGAGCAUUAGUGCUACAAAGUUGACAAGAGUGGCAGUUGAUAGAAACAGUAGAUGUGUAGCGGCAAAGUGCAAAGAAAAUGAAAAAAAAAAGACUAACUGUAGUGUGCGCUCUGCUGCGUGGGUUUUCCUACUGCUCCGUGCGAGGCGUGAAUCCUGGUCGCCGACAUGAGAGGCAAGCACGCUAACUACUGAGUUAAACGGCCAGUCUAUUCUAAUUGAUAGUGUCCGGCUCUGAAUUGUUCAGCCACUGGUUUUUGCUUUUAGUACUGAUUGUUUUAUCGAGCUGCAGCCGUGUUUUUUCAGAAUUGUAUAUUUUGUAUUUCGUCAUUUUACAUCUUUAAAGUUGUUCCAUUGUAUCACAUACACGGUAUUUGUCAAUACAACAUUGUCAUACGUAAUCCUGAUCUUAUGAAAAUAUGAGUAAGGAUUUUGGGUAUUUCGCAUCUCAGUCUUAUCUUUCUGAACAAAUAAAUAAUCAAACCUACAACCUCCUUUUUUUGAACAUUCUCCUCUUGUGCUAAAGGUUGGGCUGUGUUUGUCCUCAGCAGGUAACAUUUGGUGUGCUAACUGUGAACUUCCGCCCACUCAGCAUGUGACAUUUGCUGACA